CUGAUUGGCCAGCGUUGACUUCGGCACCAAUGUGUGCGUGUGGAGGAGGGGCUAUGCGGUGACCGUGCAGUGAGCGGCCCUGGACAGGUCUAUUUGCAUUGUCUGCUGCUACUCUACCUGGGACAGCAGGAGCACAGACUGCAGAAAACAUGUGGCAGAGUGUUGGAUUAACAUUUCUGGUCUUCGUGGCCACGUUAAUAUGUGUCCUGCUGUUCAUGCUGUGUGGUUGGUACGUGGUGUGGCAUCUAUUUUUGUCUAAAUUCAAGUUCCUCAGAGAGCUUGUAUGUGAUAGUGGGUCACUGCAAGGCGACAGUGAGUCGUCAGAAUCUGCUGCAGAGUUGGACUCUCCAUCUACCCCACAGAGAACAAGACCAAAGUCUGCACGACAGAGGAGAGCUCCGGCAGAAGAGGCAACUUAGGAAUGGCAUCACCGUUCAGACUUCAUGUUCAGGGGGGGAUAUGACACUAUAGUUCAGCAUAUGCACUGUCCACACUAUAACUUUAUGGAAAUAAUGGCUUCAUAAAAGUGGGGAGAAGGAAGCGGAUAAAUUUUAUCUAGCAUAAAAUCUUCCUGUCAGACUUUACAUAUGUAGAAUACGUCAUCCAUUGAUAGGAUGCAUUAGUUGCAUGCCCUUGAUCAUGCAGACAUAAUGAACAUUUUGCAGCUGCACUGAUUGUCUGACUGGCUUCAAAGAAUGAACUUGGCUGCUUAAAACUGUGCUGCUCUUAUUUAGUGUGAACUAGAUGUUUUUCUUUGAACAUGUUGUUACCAUCAGUAGCUUCCAGUAGCACUUUUUGGGUUCAUGCAUCUACUGUAAUCACAAAGGAACACCAGCCUAAACUACCAUGUUAUUUAAUGAAUUUAUCCUGCUGCCAUGGUGUCCUGCAAACAGUUCUAUGACAACCGCCUCCAGAGUGCAGGUUUACAGUCCCCUGUGCUGCACUUCCUGCCUUGUGUUUUGUCAUUGGUCUUUCUAUCAUUCUGUAUGCAAGUCAGAACGCUGUGGGAACAUCAUCAUUAAUAAGGAUUAUUGAAUUCAGAACUGCAACGCGUUACAAGCAUUUUUGUUUAAAUUAGAAAACCUUUAUCAGGUGCUUUUAAUUCCAUAUGUCAGGCAGAAGCUAUCAUCACUGUUCAGCCUGAUGGAAGAUCGUGAUCCUGACCUUCAGAUCUUCAAAGUGGAUUUAUCUGAUCCUACACUGGAUGAUGCCCCGUGACUUGUCUAAUGUGUACAUUUGCCAUUGUAGAGAAUGCCCACACAGGGAAACUUUAGUUUGUUUAUAGGCUGCACUUAACAAAGCAUUUAGUCCCUUUCCUUGGCUUCCUGUGAAACUAUUGUCAAACAGGUGACAAUGAAAGUCUAACAUUUGACUAUUUUCUUUGUUACAAAAUUUUACUUUUCACACAGUCAUAUCUAAUAUAUAUAAAAUCGUCAAUAGCUCUUGCUAUGAGUACGCUGUUGGUAUGUGUGUCAGUGUAUGCUAAGUUAGCUUUUAUGUUACCAUUACAUAGGCUUUUGUAGAGAUUCAUAUCUAUACAUUAUAACAUACCAAGCAGAUAUUCAGUAAGUUAACCUGAUAUUGUAUUAUUCUUAUUAAUAGUAUCUCGUUUUAUAAAAUGUUCUUACAGUACUUAUAGAAUUUGACGGGAGAUAAGAACCACUUGGCCCAUCUACUCUGCCCAUGUACACACUAGGGUUCAUUGUUGUAGGGAGCCAAUUAAGCUACAGUAUAUUUUUGGAUUGUGGGAAGAAACCGGAGAACCCAGAGGAAACCCACGCAAGCACAGGGAGACUAUACAAACUCCACACGGUUAGGGCAAUGGUGGGACUCGAACCCAUGGUAAUCAUUGCACCAACCAUAUUGCCCUUUUACGACUUAUUUCUAAUGGGACCCAUAUAUCAGCAAUAAAAAACAUUUACAGAGUCUGCUCCCCCCCCCCCCCC